UAGUUAAUCCGCAAAUGUAUGAGUUUACAAUGCAAAUGGGUUAAGUGGAUUAAGUUAUCUGGAUUUAAUACAAAAAAUUAAUAUUUUUAUGCAACCAACAUUACACAAUUGUAAGAUAUCCUGUUCAACCAUAAACAAAUCAUUUUGAGGUUAAAAUAAGGUUAUGUUUAUUCACUUUAAUUGAUGCUUUUAUAUUUUCUAACCCCAUGCGAUUUUUUUAAAUAAAAGUGAUCAUGUUUUCGAUAUGCAAGCAAACUCACCCCGCUACUGGGGUCGAGAACGCUUUAAGUUGCCACUUUUUCAACAAAAAUGAGAAAAGCCUCAUAAUUACAGCUGCCAAUAUCAUUAAAGUUUAUAAGUUAAUUCCCGAUAUCGAUAAAAAUCGUUUCGAAAAAAUUUCUGAUCGAAAACCACCAAAAUCAAAAUUAGAAUGUGUCACCCAAUACUCGUUAUUUGGGAACAUAGUCUCAAUGCAAAGUAUAAACCUAACAAAUUCCCCAAGAGAUGCUCUCCUUUUAGGUUUUAAUGAUGCAAAAUUAUCAGUAGUUGAAUAUGAUCCUGAAAGUCACGAUUUGAAAACACUUAGUUUGCAUUAUUUUGAAGAGGAUGAGAUGAAAGAUGGUUGGACACAUCACCAUCAUGUUCCAAUAGUUCGUGCAGAUCCUGAAAACCGUUGUGCUGUGAUGACAGUUUUUGGUCGUAAAUUGGUUGUUUUACCAUUUAAAAGAGACAAUGCGAUUGAUGAAACUGAUGGGCCAGAUAUCAAACCUAUGUCUUCGGGAAGUUACGGUUCAAAAGCACCUAUUUUAGCCUCUUAUAUGAUUGUGUUAAAAGAUUUUAUUGAUAAGAUUGAUAAUAUUAUUGACAUACAAUUUUUGCAUGGUUAUUACGAACCUACACUUCUUAUUUUAUAUGAACCACUAAAAACGUUUUCUGGGCGGGUAGCUGUUCGUACUGAUACGUGUGCCAUGGCUGCAAUUUCUUUAAAUUUACAACAAAAGGUUCAUCCAAUCAUUUGGAGUAUGUCUAAUUUACCCUUUGAUUGUACAAAAGCGGUUUCGAUUAAAAAACCUUUGGGUGGUACAUUAAUCUUUGCAGUAAAUGCACUUAUUUAUUUGAAUCAAAGUAUACCACCAUAUGGAGUGGCUUUAAAUAGUAUUACAGAAAAUUCUACAAGUUUCCCUCUAAAACCACAAGAUAAUAUAAAUAUAAGCUUAGAUUGUGCUCAAGUUGGGUUUUUGGAGGAGGAUACUUUAGUACUAUCAUUAAAAAAUGGCGAAUUAUACGUGUUAACUUUAUUGGCAGAUAAUAUGAGAUAUGUUAGAAGUUUUCAUUUUGAGAAAGCAGCAGCUAGUGUUUUAACAACUUGUAUUUGUGUAUGUGAAAAUAAUUUUCUUUUCUUGGGAUCAAGGUUGGGAAAUUCUUUACUUUUACGAUUCGUCGAAAAAGAUCAAUGCCAAUUUAUAACAUUAGAUGAUUCUAAUGAACCCUCAUCAAAACGAGCUAAAACGUCAGAACCUGAAAAGGUUUUAGACAGCAUAAACGAUUGCAUGGCCAGUGAUGUUCUUGACAUAAGAGAUCCUGAAGAAUUAGAAGUGUAUGGUAACGAAAAACAAACAAGUUUGCAAAUAACAACUUACAUUUUUGAGGUUUGUGAUAGUUUAUUAAAUAUAGGCCCAUGUGGUAAUGUUUCUAUUGGUGAACCGGCAUUUUUAAGCGAAGAAUUUCAACAUUGCCCCGACAUGGAUUUAGAACUUGUAACAACCGCUGGUUAUGGAAAAAACGGAGCUCUUUGUGUAUUACAACAAUCAAUUAGACCUCAAGUUGUAACCACAUUCACUUUACCAGGAUGCUUUAAUAUGUGGACAGUAUCCAAAAGUGAUGAUAAACACGCAUUUUUAAUAUUGAGCCAAGAAGAUGCUACUAUGAUUCUUCAAACUGGUCACGAAAUCAAUGAAGUUGAUAACACUGGAUUUGCUACUCAAGUUCCAACCGUUUAUGUUUGUAAUUUGGGGAAUAAUAAGUAUACAGCGCAAGUUACCACAUCUGCAGUUCGUUUAUUACAGGGAACAAUGCAAUUACAACAUAUUCCUUUGGAUUUGGGAUCACCUAUUGUACAAGCUUCAAACGCAGACCCUUAUUUAGCUAUUUUAGCAGCUGAUGGUCAAGUUAUUACGCUGAUGUUGAGGGAAACUAGAGGAACUGUUCGUAUGGUUGUUAGUAAAUCGACAUUAGCCAAUACACCAGCUGUAACUACACUGUGUAUGUACAAAGAUACAUCUGGUUUAUUUACAAAUAAAAUCCCAGAGGAAUUCACUCAAAUUCCCAAACAAUUUGAAUCAGAGACGAAAAGUGAAGUUGAAAAUGAAGACGAUUUAUUGUACGGUGAUGAUAGCGAGUUUAAAAUGCCAACUUUAAAUCCACCCAGUAGUAAGCCUAAAAUUUUCUACAAUUGGUGGAAAAAAUAUUUACUUGAACCAAAAUCGACAUAUUGGUUGUUUGUGGUACGAGAAAACUCGAAUAUGGAAAUCUAUUCUAUUCCCGAAUUUAAAUUGUGUUUUAUCGUUCGUAAUUUAUGUUUUGGUUAUAAAGUUUUGGUGGAUAGUUUGGAAUCGGUGUCACUUGGUUUCGAUGGAUCUUCAGCAAAUGAUGCGUCAAUUCAAAGGGAUUUCGAGGUUAAAGAAAUUUUAAUGGUCAGUUUAGGAAAUCGAGGGUCAAGACCUUUACUGUUAGUUCGUUUAGAAAGAGAUUUGUACAUUUAUGAGGUGUUUAGGUUUACGCGUGGUAAUUUAAAAUUACGUUUCAAAAAACUUCAACAUUCCAUUUUUUAUGCUCCAAACAUUUCUGGAGAUAUUGAUGUAGAAAAUGGAGAUUUCUUUGUUUUACACGAUAAAGUUCCUAAGCUGAGAUAUUUUAAUAACAUCGCGGGAUAUAAUGGUGUGUUUAUUUGUGGUGCAAAUCCGCAUUGGAUAUUUUUAACCCAUCGUGGAGAAUUAAGAAUUCAUUCAAUGACUAUUGAUGGAGAAAUUUUAUGUUUCGCGUCGUUUAAUAACGUGAAUUGUCCUCAAGGAUUUUUAUACUUUAAUAGAAAGUCUGAAUUGAGAAUUGGUGUUCUUCCAACUCAUUUAAGUUAUGAUGCGCCAUGGCCAGUAAGAAAAGUACCGUUAAGAUGUACACCUCACUUUGUUAGCUACCAUUUGGAAUCAAAAACGUAUUGUUUGGUAUCAAGUACAUCGGAUCCAUCUACUGAGUAUUACAAAUUUAAUGGAGAAGAUAAAGAGUUAUCUGUUGAAGAUAGAGGUGAUCGAUUUCCAUAUCCACCUCAAGAAAAAUUCAGCAUCAUGUUAUUUUCGCCAGUAUCUUGGGACGUAAUUCCAAAUACUAGAAUAGAUUUAGAUGAAUGGGAACAUAUAAAUUGUUUAAAAAAUGUUGCGCUCGCAUAUGAGGGUGCUCGUUCGGGUUUGAAAGGAUAUAUUGCAUUGGGAACAAAUUAUAAUUAUGGGGAAGAUAUAACCUCAAGAGGACGAAUUUUGAUUUAUGAUAUUAUUGAAGUUGUACCAGAACCUGGACAACCUUUAACAAAGAAUAAAUUUAAAGAAAUUUACGCGAAAGAUCAAAAAGGUCCAGUUACUGCAAUAUCUCAAGUUAAAGGAUUUUUGGUGUCUGCGGUUGGGCAAAAAAUUUAUAUUUGGCAACUCAAAGAUAACGACUUAGUUGGUGUUGCUUUUAUUGACACCCAAAUAUUUACUCAUCAAAUUUUGUGCAUUAAAAGCUUAAUAUUGGUCGCUGACGUUUACAAAUCAAUCUCUUUACUCAGAUUUCAAGAAGAAUAUAGAACCUUAUCUCUUGUCUCAAGGGAUUUCCGUCCCUGUGAAGUAUAUGCUAUAGAAUAUCUAAUAGAUAAUUCAUCUUUAGGUUUCUUAUUAUCUGACAGUGAGAAAAACAUAGUUUUAUACAUGUAUCAACCAGAAGCAAGAGAAUCAUUUGGUGGGCAAAAAUUAUUAAGAAAAGCUGAUUUUCAUAUUGGUCAACCUAUCAAUUCGUUCUUUAGAAUACGAUGUAAAAUAGGUCAAUUUGGUGAUGACAAAAAGCAAAUUAUGGGUGCUGACAAACGGCAUUUGACGUUGUUUGCUACUUUGGAUGGAGGAAUCGGUUAUUUAAUGCCAAUUCCCGAAAAGACAUACCGUAGAUUACUUAUGUUACAAAACGUAUUGGUUUCUCAAGGUUCUCACACGGCGGGUUUAAAUCCAAAAGCGUUUAGAACAUAUACAACUUGGAGGAAACAAUCCCAUGGUCCAUCAAGGAGUAUAAUUGAUGGUGAAUUGGUUUGGAAAUUUUUACAUUUACCUGUAAAUGAAAAGCUUGAGGUGUCUAAAAAAAUUGGAACAAGGAUUGAAGAAUUAAUUGGAGAUUUAUCUUUAAUUGAUAAGUUAUCUGCUCAUUUUUGAAUGAAAUUGUAGUGUAGUUAGGUUGUAUUGUAUUACUUAUUUAAUUAAAUUCAUGAAUAGUUAAGUAAACGUUUUAAGCAAAUUUA